AUGAGCAACUUUCUUACGAAGGCUUCCUUGCUGACUGGCGCAGGCGACCAAGGCAUUAGCGACUUCCUGGAGCGAAGUGCGCCUGGCUUUGGCGCUUUACAAAAGUUCUUUUCAAGAUGGCUCAGGGUUGAGUUGACGACGAUCUUCCUGCUGGUCACAUUCGGAGCCGAGAUCCCGAACGCCUUGACGGGUCUGCAAAAAUUGUGGACGCAGGUCUACUGGUGGGUUACACGGUUCUUCACGGCGUCAAUAUCAAUCGCAAGCAACGACAAGCUCAACCGGGAGGUGCUGAACUGGCUCGGCGCCCACGUGCUCACUCGCCAAGGCACCCGGAUCCUGACGGCCCGCACGGAGGUCAUACAGAAUGAUGCGUGGUACGACCGAAAGCCCGUUGAGCGCGACGAUCUGCACCACGAGAAGAGAGUUCCGGUUCAGUAUCUGCCCACCUUCGGCACGACGUGGUUCAUGUUCGAAGGAGGCUUCUUCAUGGUCCGCCGGGUGCCGCAGCGGAGCCCCGGCGCUACGUUCGGGAUCCCGGACGAGUACUCCGCAGCUCCGCAGGGAGAGGAGCCACUUGUGGUCAUGCGACUCGGCCGGUCGAUAGAGCCUAUCAAGAAAUUCCUCGACAACUGCAGAGACUUUGCGGACAAGCAGCGCGAGUCGUUCAUUACUGUUCGGGCUACGAAGAAUCAGUACGGACAGGAGUCUUGGGAUACGACGAUUCUUCGGCCGAUCAGGUUGCUGGAGACGGUACACUUUGACGAAAAGACGAAGUCGGAAUUGGUCGAGGACAUUGAGACGUAUCUUGAUCCUUUGACUCGAAAGUUUUAUACCGAACGAGGCAUCCCAUACCGAAGGGGCUAUCUUUUCUACGGACCACCAGGAACCGGCAAGACGUCUCUGUCUUUGGCUCUUGCAAGUCGCUUCAACCUCGAAUUAUACCUCGUUCACAUCCCAAGCAUCCGCGGAGACAGCGAUCUAGAAAACCUCUUUACGGCAUUACCGCCAAAAUGCAUUGUGCUGCUGGAAGACAUUGACGCAGUCGGAAUUGAACGGCGAAAGAAGCUUGACGUGGACGUUGACUCGGACGAAGAUGAUGCGGCCAGCGAUGCGAGCAGUGAGAAAGAGUAUGCCCGCUGUCGGUGCACAUUAUCCGGCCUGCUUAAUGUGCUAGAUGGAGUUGCAUCUCAGGAGGGCCGCAUCGUUCUCAUGACAUCGAACGUGGCUCACAAACUCGACAAGGCGCUCGUUCGACCCGGGCGUAUCGAUCGCAUGAUUUAUCUCGGCAACAUCUCACAGGAGAGCGCCAAGGGCAUGUUUGAGCGAAUGUACCGACCCCAUCUGACGAACAAGACAGCCGUGCUUGAGAAGGACCCCGAGGCUUCGCAACAGGAGACGCAGCAUUUUGACGAUCUAGUCGCGAGCUUCAGCAGUCACAUCCCGGAAAAUAUGUUUACGCCGGCACAACUCCAGGGCUUUCUGCUCAAGUACCGAAGCGACCCGAAAACAGCAGUUGAACGGAUCGAGGAGUGGGUCAUGGAAGAGAAGGCCGUUAUGGACGAGGAACAACGCCGUAAGAAGGCGGAGUCCACGAAGAAGGCCAGGAAGAAGAAAGCGUUGAAGAAGAAGGCUCUGAAGGCACUCGCUGCCAGCCAGGAAGCCGAGGUCGCAGAGAAGACGACAGAGACUCUGGAGGCAGCGCAAGUUUCAAAUGCGGACGAGUCGAAACCCGAUCCAACAUCAGAGUCAACGGCUGUGAAUGGAGAAAAGGAGACAGAAUCUGGAGUCAAGAGUUUAGGAGAAGGUGCGGGUACAACGGUGGUUAACGGCGUUCAGGAGGCGGAAGCAUCAUAG